AUGAGCCCAGAACUCAUAGCUGCACUGAAAAAUGACUGGAAAGCGGCAAAAAAAAUCAUAGAUAAAGAGCCGUCUAUAGUGCGUGCCAAUAUCGCACAGGGAUCGUAUACUGCACUUCAUGUUGCAGCAGGAGCAGGACAUGUUCGCUUUGUGGAUAAGUUGAUGGGUAGGAUGGAGUUAAAUGACUUGAGACUGUUAGACGAAAGAGGAAAUACUGCUUUUUGUGUAGCUGCUGCCGUUGGAAACGUUAAAAUUGCUAAAAUUAUGAUGCGAAGGGAUCCAGGGCUGCCAAAACAACGGGGUUUUGAAGGACAUACGCCACUCUAUAUUGCUGCUUUGUUUGGACAUCAAAAGAUGGUGUCGUAUCUAUAUUCUGAACCCACAUAUAGAGAUUCACAAGAAGAUCUGCCCAGGCUAUUUUUCACAAGCAUAGAUAGUGGUCUCUACGGUUUAGCCUCAGAAUUGCUAGAAGAUCAUCCAGAUUUUGCUUUAAAACGUGAUCGUAAUAGAAAGACAGCCUUGCAUUUAUUGGCCCAAAAGCCAAAGCCUUCAUCAUAUCCACGGGGAAGUCCAGGAAUAUGUGCGAGCUUCAAAAGAUAUAAAAAUCCAGAACAAGCUUUAGUCAAACAACUCUGGCUUGAAGUUGCAAGACAUGGAAAGGAAAAGCUAAUUGAUGUACUAACAAGUCCUUCGCAUCUAUUGUUUGACGCAAUGGAAAUAGGAAAUUGCGAGUUUGUAGCUCAGCUUAUUUACGAGUGUCCUGGUCUGGUAUGGGAAAGAAAUAGAAAAGGAUGGACCAUAAUACAUGCAGCAGUUUGGCAUCGUCAUGAGACUAUCUUUAGUUUAAUAUAUGAGGUAGGCAUUGUCAAGAAUGUGAUAGCUACCUUUAAAGACAAGGAAGAUGGGAGCACUUUACUUCAUUUAGCUGCAAGAUCAGCUCCGGUUAGUCAGCUGAACAGACUAGCUGGAGCAGGUUUUCAAAUACGACGUGAAUUAUUAUGGUUUGAGGAGGUGAAAAAGAUUGUUCAACCUUCUUAUAUACAGAUGAAAAAUUCAAAAGGCGAAACACCUCAAGAAUUAUUCACUUCUGAACAUGCAACGCUGUUAAAAGAUGGACAGACCUGGAUGAACGGGACAGCACAAUCAUGUACAAUCGUAUCAACCCUCAUCGCUAGUGCUUUAUUUGCGGCAGAAGUUACUGUUAUUAUGGGAAAUCAUCCAGUUAAAACGGCCCCGUUUCGAAUUUUCAUCAUUUCAGAUGCAAUAGCAUUUUUGUUGGCCUUAGCUGCAACGUUAACGUUCUCGGCCAUCCUCACCUCACGCUAUGCUGAAAGAGAUUUUCUUAGUGCCUUAUCAUGGCGGUUGAAAAUGGGACUCGCAUUGCUCUUCUUUUCUAUUACAGCCAUGAUGAUUACAUUUAGCUCGGCUUUUUUUAUUGCUUACUGUGGUAAGGACGUCUUCUCUAUUCUCGUAACUGGAUGUGCAGGUGUGCCAGUGCUUUUAUAUGUUUUCCUGCAGUUUCCCCUUCUCAAGGACAUAUUUGCAUCCACGUUCUCUUGCACGUCUAUAUUUAAACAAAGUGAACCCGUGCUACUUUAA